CGAUAUCCAAUCAGAUUCGUAGACACGAAAAUAAUACUAGUUUAAAUCUUGCGCGGUGUGAAAGUGGUACGUAACAGUGACAGAGACUAAAAUGGAGAGCAACUUGUCCAGGCUUCUAGUUGGACUUUCUGUUCAGAUCAGUCGCAGCGAUGGUCGAGUCCAUUCAGCCACGGUGAAAUCCGUUGAUAAAGUUAAGUGCACGGCGAUGGUGGAGUGGUAUGAGAGAAACAUCUGUCGUGGGAAAGAGAUUGACGUGAGUGACUUAUGUACACUUAAUCCAGAGCUUUUGGACAAUGUCAACACUGCCACCAUCAAAGAUGGUGAGACACCCACUGUUGCUCCAGAAAAGGAAAAGAAGUAUAAUGGUCGACUGCGCUCUUCAAGGAUUCCUGCCCCACCCGUCUCCCCUGCUCCAGUGGCUCCAAAGACUGAAGAGUCAGUCACAACUCGAUCUCAGGUGCGACAGACCUGCAUGUUCCAAGCCCCGGCACCUGUUCCAGCACCAGCUUCAACCAUGGGGUCUUCUCCCUCAAACCCAGAGACGUUCCAUCCUGAUCUCAAACCAUCAUCAGUCCAUACAAACUCUGUAAUUCCUUAUCACCAGCAUAGAGAGAAUCAUGCCAAACCAGCACCACUGUCUGUUGCUCGAGAGGCCAUAAAGGAAAAUGAACCUGAAAGGAUGCCACCUCUGCCUUCAGCCAAAGGCAGAAGAAAAUCUGUGGCUCCCCAGGAAUUAAACAAAGGCAACAAAAGGCUGUCCUCUGUCAUCAAGCCAUUUGACAUGCAGACCAAGAAGGGAAAGUUUGGAGAAGCAUCCCGACCGAACCAGAAGUUCUUUGAGAUGAUCCAAGAGUUCAGAGAGACCUUGGAAAUAACCCCAUUAUCAUCAGCUGAUGAGAUUGAGCCUCACAGGAUUUGUGUGUGCGUUCGAAAGCGGCCCCUUAACAAGCAAGAGAUUGCUAAGAAGGAGAUAGAUGUUGUCUCUGUACCUGGAAAAGGUACAUUAUUGGUCCAUGAGCCAAAACACAAGGUGGACCUCACAAAGUACUUGGACAACCAGAUCUUCCACUUUGACUACUCCUUUGACGAGAGUGCCACCAAUGACAUGGUCUACAAGUUCACAGCCAAACCUUUGGUGCAGUCCAUUUUUGAAGGUGGAAUGGCAACUUGUUUUGCCUAUGGCCAGACGGGAAGUGGUAAGACCCAUACUAUGGGAGGUGAUUUCACAGGGAAGCAGCAGAACAGUGGUAAAGGAAUCUACGCCUUGGCAGCCAGAGAUGUUUUCACCUAUCUUAACCACAGGAGGUAUACUAAUCUGGAUCUGUCGGUUUAUGUCAGCUUCUUUGAGAUUUACAAUGGCAAAGUGUAUGACCUGCUGAAUAAGAAGGCCAAGCUCCGUGUUUUGGAAGAUGACCGACAGCAGGUUCAGGUGGUUGGACUAGAGGAGGUCUGUGUGUCCACAACAGAAGAUGUCAUCAAGAUAAUUCAGAUGGGCAGUGCAUGCAGGACAUCAGGUCAGACGUCAGCCAAUGCCAACUCAUCACGCUCGCAUGCUGUCCUCCAGAUUGUGCUACGGCGCAAUGACCGUGGUGCCACGCUGCAUGGCAAAUUUUCAUUGGUGGAUUUGGCUGGCAAUGAGCGUGGCACAGACGUCAGCAGCAAUGACCGCGGCACUUUGGUUGAGACUGCUGAGAUCAACCGUAGCCUGCUAGCUCUCAAGGAGUGCAUUCGUUCACUGGGAAUGAACAGUGACCACAUUCCUUUCCGGAUGAGCACUUUAACCAAAGUGCUCAGGGAUUCUUUCAUUGGGGAAAAAUCCAGAACCUGCAUGAUUUCCAUGGUGUCUCCUGGCAUGGCUUCAUGUGAAUAUACUAUGAAUACACUACGUUAUGCUGACAGAGUGAAGGAGCUGAAAGGCAGUUCCAAAGCUAAAGGAGCACCUCAGGCACAAGAGCCUGUGAAUACCUCUUCAGAGGAGGAAACUGACACCAGUGUGUUUGAUGCCAUAUCUCAGGUGGCUGAGUUGGAGGAGAAGGUUUAUGCAGAGCUCAAGAGGGCAAAUGAACUUGUGAAAGACAUGGAAAAAACCUCAUACAACAUCGAGGAAGGGCUUCCAGGUUUGAUGGAUCAUUCCCGGAGGUUAAUGGAUACAGUUCUGACUCUCCAGUCUGCUGUGGAUCAGGAGCGAACCAUGAGGCUGAACCACUAAAAACUCACCCAAAAGAACAAACUUCUUUUUUAAAAAGAUGAUUUUCUUUGUUUUUGUUGUAUUCUCUGUAAUAAAUAAAAAUGUGGACACUAUUUCAUUAACAUUUUUUUCAGUCUUGUAUAACAGUAUAACAUUGUGAGACUUGUUUCUGUUAUGUCUUGCAUAACUAUUCCUAGUGGCAAAUACUGGAUUGUUUAAACUUGCUUAAUGUACCUAUAAAUAUUAAUCACGUGUCAGAUUGUUUUUUUUUCUGAACACACAUGAAGCUGCCAUCACUAAUAUGACACGUCAUGCUGUAAAUAUUUGACAAGAAAUUACAGUUAAAGGGCAAAAUAUGCAUGUCAAGAUUUAAAAAUGCCGACCACUAUCUGUGAGGGAUAUGCUUGUUUUGAAAUAGAGUAUGCAGUUUAGUCACUUAAUAUUUUUUUUUCUUGGCCAAUAACUGUCUUCUGUGGGUUACUAUAAAUAUAUUUGGAGGCUAAA